AUGGGCUCUUCCAAAUCCGAAGAAGAAACAUCGGGCUCCAGCUCCCCAUUGUCGCGCACCCGGCUGCGCGCAAGCCACGCCUGCACCGUCUGCCGGAUACGCAAAGUGCGGUGCGAUGUCGUCGUCACCGGCUUCCCGUGCACAAACUGCCGGCUGGACUCGGCCAACUGCAAGGUCAUGCCGAGGAAGCGGAAGUGGGAGCAAAGGGUGAAGCGGGUGCUUGAGCAGGAGGAAAAGGAGCGCAGAGAUCGCUCACGGCAGCUUGUUGAAGAGAGGGCCAGGGCUUCCAUCCACAUCAGCUCAACUGCAAAGGCGCACACAGAGGUGAAGCCUGAUCCCACACGGCUCGCCUCUUCCAUCUCUCCCCCCAUGACCGGCGCAGCAUCGACAAUACCGGUGUAUGAUCAAGACAACGCAGACGCUCACUUCAACGCCCCGAAACUCAACUUCGUGUUCAGUGACGGCACCAUUGACCCGAGCAAGAUCGAGGGGCAUCCCAGCCAUGACGGCUGCAGCAAUCUCAAUUCCUGGGCGCCUGAAUUUGACAACCUCUUCGUGCCCUACUCCAGCUACAACUUCAUCGACGCCGGCUUCCUCAAUCAGCUCAGUCAUGCCGACGUCUCCUACCUCACAGAAAAGGGCUGCCUCACCUUGCCUCCGGAGAAGGUCCUGGAAGAGUUCUUCCACCAGUACUUUUCACACAUCCACCCCAUCAUCCCGCUACUCAGCGAGGCAGAGUUUUGGGCGGUAGACGCUCGCAUUCCUCUGCUCUUGGUUCGGGCGAUAUUGUUCAUUGCGUCUCCUACUUUGAUGCAAUUCGACAUCCACCGAAACAACGUCGUCAACGCGCAAGUAGCCGUCAUGCUAACCUACCACUCCCCCACAACAAGCGACACAACGAACACAUACUGGAUGGUAAACGCCGUUCAUUACGCUCGCUGCGCCCGAGCAGACCAGUACCACACCCUCAGCGACGACAACCCGCGGAAACUGCACCUCAAACGACUCUGGUGGGCCUGUAUCUUACGAGACAGGAUAUUGUCACUGAGCUUACGCCGACCGUUAAACAUUGGAUGCGACGAAUUCGACUUUAGCCUUCCAGGCCUCAGCCUCGCCGACUUCUCGGAUGAGAUCGAAGUCUCGACGGUAUACGACCGGCCGACGAAGCAAAUCCUAGCACACAUGAUGGCGGCGUUCUGCGAGCUCAUCAUUCCCCUCAACAAGGCCCUUACCAUGCUCCAUCCCGCAGCCGGGCCCAAGACGGUCACCUCCGAGACGGACAUUCAGAAGGAAACAGAUGCCUGCGUCGAGACUCUGCAGCUUUUGGAUGUCUGGUACCAGAAGACAAGGGAGCGGUUCGAGAUUUCCACGCCAUCAAUUGGCGUCCACAAGUCGCUGACAAUGUUCACCAAGAUGACUUUCAUCUACUAUUAUUCUGCGAGGGCAAGCUUAUGCUACCACAUGAUGCUGCUAUCCGUGUCCAACCCCCGCCACGCGUCCGAUCAAAAGAACGAUCUCCAACUGCAAGCAGAAAUGGACUCUGCAUUGAAAGGCAUCACAGGGAUAUUCAUGCACCUGGCUCGCCUAGGGCUCGUCCAGUACCUCCCAAACACAUUUGUUGCCCUCUCGGCCAUUCCGCUCAUCUGGCAAGUCCUCGACGCCAAAAUCCUCAACACGGGAACCCUCGCUGCGGACAACAAGCGCGACCUCAUGGUCUACACAAACGUCAUGAACAAGUUCCGCAGCCUCCACGAAAACGCCGACAACGUCCUCAAGUUCAUCAAGCAGAUCAUCGCACACAUCCAGACCACCGAAUCUGUCGACAUCACGCAGCCAGACCCCCUCUCAGCAGCGCCGCCACCGGCAGCAGCACCAUCCGAAACGUACUUUCCACCAGAGCUAUUGUCGAAUUUCGCACAGGGGGGCAACAAGACACGGCAGCAGCAGCAAGAGACGGACAGCAGCAACAAAACCAUUGGCGGCGGCGUUGAUAGUUCUUCCACUACCACUGGUGGCGGGCCGCAGAGCAAAUGGGCGAAAUUGUUCGCCGGGAAACCAAGGACAUAUCUGAGAAUCGCAUUGACGAUCCAGCAUUCGCUUUCGAGCGGCCAUUUCCCGUCGGAAGAAGACUUUCCAAAGGCAUUGCAGAUGGUCAAGUUUGCUGAGGAGACGAUGGACAAUGGGAUCGAUGUUGGGUUGUACAAGUAUUUGCAGCAUAUGGAGGACUUUCUGCUGUCUGCCUAG